CUUCCCGGAAGCUCCCGGGGCCGGGCACAGACGUGUCGCUGCCAUGGCGGAUCCCGGGCGGCUGGAGCGGCUGGAGCAGCGUGUGCGGGAGCUGGAGGAGGAGCUGGCCCGGGAGAAGCGCGGGCGGGCGGCGGCGCGGGCCCGCAUCGACACCAUGAGCGCCGAGGUGACCGACUCCAACCCCUACAGUCGCUUGAUGGCAUUAAAAAGAAUGGGGAUUGUCAAAGACUAUGAGAAAAUCCGUACCUUCACAGUUGCAGUAGUAGGUGUGGGGGGCGUUGGCAGUGUGACUGCUGAAAUGCUGACAAGGUGUGGCAUUGGUAAGCUACUUCUGUUUGAUUAUGACAAAGUGGAACUGGCAAACAUGAACAGACUCUUCUUCCAACCUCAUCAAGCUGGAUUAAGUAAAGUGCAAGCAGCAGAACAUACUUUGAGGGAUAUUAAUCCUGAUGUUCAGUUUGAAGUACAUAACUACAACAUCACAACACUGGACAACUUUGAGCACUUCAUGGAUAGAAUAAGUAACGGUGCACUGGAGGAAGGGAAGCCUGUGGAUCUGGUUCUAAGCUGCGUGGACAACUUUGAAGCUCGCAUGGCAAUUAACACGGCCUGCAAUGAACUUGGACAAAUCUGGAUGGAGUCUGGAGUGAGUGAAAAUGCAGUGUCAGGACACAUCCAGCUGAUCAUCCCUGGUGAAUCUGCUUGUUUUGCGUGUGCUCCUCCACUGGUGGUAGCUGCAAAUAUUGAUGAGAAGACAUUGAAACGAGAAGGAGUUUGUGCAGCCAGUCUUCCUACAACCAUGGGUGUUGUGGCAGGAAUGCUUGUGCAAAAUGUUCUUAAAUACCUGUUAAAUUUUGGUACUGUGAGUUAUUAUCUUGGUUACAAUGCAAUGCAGGAUUUCUUCCCAACUAUGUCCAUGAAGCCAAACCCCCAAUGUAGUGACCACAAUUGCAGAAAACAGCAAGAAAAUUAUAAGAAAAAAGAAGCUGCAAGACCAAAAGAAGAAGUAAUUGAAAAGGAAGAAGAAAUAGUACACGAAGACAAUGACUGGGGCAUUGAAUUAGUAUCAGAAAUUUCAGAAGCUGAGCUGAAGGCUGCAUCUGGCCCAGUACCUGAGCUUCCUGAGGGAAUUAGUGUAGCAUAUACUAUCCCAGACAAGGAAGAGAAUUCAUUAACUGGGGAGACAGUAGCAGAGUCUGAAGAAAGCCUAGAAGAACUCAUGGCCAAAAUGAGAAACAUGUAGAAAAACAAAUAUUAAGAACAACUUUCAUGAGUUUGGAUGGACAUUGGGUUUUGAGAAGACCAGACUUACUUUUUUUCCUUUUUUUCACUUCCAUUGAAGCUUACCUUUACUUUUCUGAUGAAACAGAAUUGUUACAGGGGCAGGAAGGACACAGACUUACAUUGUUUAUAUUCUGUUUUCUCAUCAUGUCUUUAUUAACAGAUAGAGCUGUGCUACUGUUAAAUUUUAGUUUCUCAGCAUUGCUAAUGUCCAGAUAUUCAGUGGCAAAUAAAAGGACCUGGAUAAACUAAAAAAGCAGGCACGGCACAUUAUAUGCCCUAUCAUGUGAUGAGAAUAGCACAUAGAACAGGGCCAAGGGAAGGAUGAAAUCUGCUGGAGUGGACUGAGUGGGUGGAAGGCAGAUGAUAAUGCCUCUUUCAUGGUGCUGCUCCUGAGUUUCCAAGCACUUUUACUUGGUUGUCAUUCACUGGUCUAAAGUCUUGGCAUUGAUCAUGCUGUGGGUACUUUUUCUGAGUAAUGGGAACAUAUAAGCCUUUUCAUCUGCCUUAAAUAUCCCUGGGAUGGAAUUUUCUAUAUCAGUGUUUUACUGCUGCUUGUCCUUAAGCAGCUGCCUAUGUUUUGUAUGUGAUGUUUUGAGUAUACUGUAAGAAGGUGAAGUCUUCUGGUAUUAUUACAUUAGCAGCAUGCCACUAUUUUGUCUGACAGAUGCUUUUCAUGACAAAAUGAUGAGCAACAUUGGAAAGAACUGGAGAUUUUGUCUACCUUUUCAGAAGUCUAAAUAAUAUAUUUUUGUUGGUUACUGAAAGUUUAGCUAUAAUUCUGAUUACUCCCCAUCACUUGGGCUAUAUUAAGGAAUAUAAGUCUGAAUUUGCAUAGAAAGUCUUCUAAAAUUAGAUGCUAUAAAUUUUUAGUUUUGCAAAUAUCUCCACUGGAGUAGCUCACCUGUUGUAUUUGUCUUGUAAAUUACAUAAGUACAAGUACAGUCAUAUAACCUUUUAAAUGGCCACGUGUUAAACUGACCUGUAAAUAUUUGCAUCCUGGAGCACCAGUACCCUGUAGAACUGGAAGGAUCAGUUUCAAAUAUUUUAACUACCGUGGCCAUCUGAUCCAGAACUUGGUCAUUCUUUCAGCCUUGGCAGUAUAAUACAAAUAUUUCCAAAUUGGGCUCUUCAAAAAUCUUUUCCACGAUGUGAUGCAGCCAACACACAGCCAGCUAGUAAUGGUAGUAGUAGUAUCCCACUAAAAUGAAAAGAGCAAUACCAUGGUAGUGCUUCUGUUUCUUAGGACAGCUGAAUGAAUACCUGUUAGUUAUACUUAAAAUUUUAUACUGAAAAUUAGUUAAAAAAAAAAAUUCAUUUCUAAGUAAUGGUUACAAAAUUCAAAAUCAGUUUCCUCCACAGCUGACAUAAAAUUAUAUUAUACACAGAAAAAUCACUUCUAAAACCAGUGAGGGAGAUUUUGGGUGGGUUUUGAGUGUGGGGCAUUAUACUGUAAAAUUGAAGUGGAUUUUUUGGAUUGAGUUCUGUUUUGGAGAAACCAGGUUUUAGAAAUGAACUGCAAAGAAAGAUAGGAAAUAGAAUAAUGAGACCAUAAAAAGGUAGAUACUUGAGUCUGUGUCAUUAAGUUAUGUUAGCUUGACCCAGUGUCACAUGUUAUUUACAUUUCUAUGUGACUUUGACCUUUCUGUUGGGAACAGUAGAAAUCAGGCACACAGCUGUGUGGAUCUGGAGAUCCUGAGGCAAAUGGCUGACUCAUUUCUACAACAGCUCAGUUCAUCCUGACUCUUAAUUAUUUGGCUGACAUGGCUGCUAUUACAGGAUUGACAGCUUUAUGAGAGGCAGCUUCAAGUAAACUUUUAUGAGGGAAUUAAUACAAUUUCGUAUGCCCUGUUAGAGGGCAUACAAACAAAAUGGUUCCUGUGUUACUUUUAGACUUUCAGCUUGUAUAUACAAGAAAAAUUUGAUAUAAUCAGAAAAUGAAUAAUUGUAUGAAGAUAAUUGUAUGUAUCAAUGGUUAAAAUUAUUUAAAAAUAAACAACAUCCAAAAAAGCAGCA